CAAAUAUGGAAGGUUCCGCUGCUGGACCUUGGUAAAGAUCGGUAAUUCAGCACUAAGAGCCGGGCAAUGCUAUGGAGGGCGGCGGGAUAUCAGGACGGCUAGCCCGCGAGGGGAGAAAACUUUGUUCACUGCCUUUCCGCUGCCGCUGCUAUCGAACACCAUGGAUUUCGAGGAUACGAACACAGAGAGCAGACUCCCGCCCGGGACGACGCGCUUGGAAGACCUUGUCGGGGACACAGUGUUCCUGAAACCGUCACCGACCUCCGACCCCAACGACCCUUUGAACUGGAGCCCACAUCGCAAAGCCGUACAGACUACGCUGCUGAGCUUCUACACAACUUUCGUGUUCGCAAGCCUCACUGUAGGAAUACCGAAUUGGGAACUCAUGAACGCGGACCUCGGUGUCUCGUACGAUAACCUCAGUAACGGAUUCGCGGUGAACCUGGCUGCAUUGGCUAUCGGGUGCUGGCUGGUCGUGCCGUUGGCGCUGCGGUAUGGACGUCGCCCCGUAUAUCUCGGGACAGCGUUCGUGUUGUUUGCGAGUAAUGUGUGGCAGUCGUGCAUCCAGAGCACUGGGGAAUACUUUGGCUCACAGUUUUUGUGUGGGAUUGCGGGCGCGAUUAAUGAGACACUUUUUCAAGUGACGAUCACGGACCUAUUCUUCGUGCACCAGCGCGGCUCCAUUCAAGGCCUCUACCUCAUUUGCGUAACGAUAGGUAACUACCUUGCCCCCGUGGCAACCGGCUACGUCGGCGCAUCGCAAGGCUGGCGUUGGUCCUACCGCUACUGUGCCAUCUUCAUUGGAAUCAUUGCUCUGCUCAUGACAGUCUUCCUCGAGGAAACAGCAUACGCUCCAGCGCUUGAAGGCCUACCAACCCAGCAACCACUACCACAGACCUCCCACCCGGCUCCCGGGGCAGACACAAAGAAAGACGUGGCCACCGCAACCGACAACGAGCCAGCCGACGUCCCUGACACUUCCGUCCAACCCGCACACACCCGCCGCGCCAUUCCAAUCAACCACUCCAUCCCCCUGAAAUCCCGCCGCCAGCGUCUCGCCCUCAUCACACCCUCCCCGCACCCCGGCCACAGCAUCCGCCAGCACUACGCCCAACCCCUCUCCAUCCUGUUCACACUCCCGGCAAUAACAUUCACUGCCCUACAGUACGGCAUAUCCAUCGCAACGCUCUCGAUCCUCGCCACCACCACCUCCCUCCUCUACCCCCUCCCUCCCUACCACUUCUCGACCAUCGGCAUCGGCAACAUGAACAUCCCGCCCCUGAUCGGCUCCAUCCUAGGCGCGCUGUACGGCGGUCCCCUCGUCGACCGCUUCAUCCUCUUCGCCGCAAAGCGCUGGAACCAAGGCGUCUACGAGCCCGAAAUGCGGCUGUGCAUGUACCCGCUCCCCGCGCUGGCGCUGCCCGCCGGCGUCCUGCUGUACGGGCUCGCGCUCGCGCACGGCAGGAGCUGGGUCGUCAGUGCGGUGGGGGCGGGGCUCGUGGGGUUUGGCGUCGGUGGCGUCGGCGACAUCUCGUUGACGUAUGCCCUCGAUGCCUAUACCGAUGUCAUUGGGGAUGCGUUUGUUGCGGUGGCGGCGGUAAGGAAUUUGCUGGCGAUGGUGCUGGUCUUUGUCCUGCCCAGGUGGUUGCAGGGUAUGGGGACGGGGAGGGCGUUUGGCUUGCUUGGCGGUUUGAUCGCCCUGUUGGUCUUGACGUGUGUGCCGAUGGUGGUUUGGGGGAGGGAGUUGAGGAGGAGGAGCGCGGGGAGGUAUAGAGAUUUUGCUGCUAAGCAGUAUGGUGCGAGGAGAGGGUAAGGGGAUGGAUCGAAUAAGAGCUGAGGUGUGAGUGAGAGUAAGUAGGUAUUCAAGUUUGCGGCCUGACGUCCGGUGUUUAUAUGAAUCAACGUUUCCAAUCGUA